UCAAUUCUACCUUCCCCUUGCCCCGCAAGUGGUUCCCGCCGCUAUCUCUACCGAACGUCCUUAAUACGAAUAGGCUUGUAGGAUCUGUUAGGAGUAUAAUAUGUUACUUCAUCAUCUGCAGUUGUCAAAUCCAUAACUACCUACGUACUUGCACUAAAGAGUCUCAAAGUCGUAAGGCCGUGACUGAUCGUGAGUGUUGUGACUCAUGAUUAUUGUCGUGAAGGCUGAAAGUUGACGGUGUGGUACCAGGUGAUACUGCGGUGGGAGUUGGUAAGGAUCUCCGUUGUCGUCUCUGCCAGAGUCCGAUCGACUUCCGAGAGGCGUAUUUUAAAUUCUUGGGAAGAGUCGUAACGGACGACGGUAUACUCACCACACGAUUUAAAGUGUUGUAUUAUAAGUGCAAGGUUGCUGAAAAUGGAGGAGGAUACUGAAUUUCAAAAGUUACCUGUUGAGGAUCGGGUCGUGCACAAGCUAUGGAAAGCUCGAUUGCAUGGAUACGAAGAGUGCACAAAAACUUUUAGAUUAAUUGACGAUGAAAAGUCACCUGAAUGGAACAAGUAUCUUGGCCUUGUCAAAAAUUUCGUCUCCGACAGCAAUGCUGCUGCACAGGAGAAAGGUCUAGAAGCAGUGUUGGCUUAUGUAGAAAGUGCUGCAGCUGCUGGAAAAACAACAAGCGAAGUUGUCAGCAGGAUUGUUUCGAAAUGCAUCGCAGCGCCUAAAACAAAAACUAAAGAGCUAGCUGUGCAAAUAAUAUUGAUGUACAUCGAGAUAGAAAAGCAUGAAACUGUUCAAGAAGAACUGAUGAAAGGAACUGAAGCCAAAAAUCCAAAAAUCGUAUCAGCAUGCAUAUUGACUCUCACGCUUGCCCUUAAGGAAUUUGGUCCCAAAGUUAUCAAUGUAAAGCCAAUAAUGAAAAAAGCACCAUCGUUACUCGAGGAUAGGGAUAAAACUGUCCGUGAUGAAACGAAAGCUUUGGUUGUAGAAAUUUAUAGAUGGAUCGGAGAACCUUUGAGAGCUCAGCUAAACACUUUGAAGGCUGUUCAGAUAUCAGAAUUGGAUGUUGAGUUCAAAAAUGUUUCUUCUGAAAAGGCUGUUCCCACUAGAUACUUAAGAUCUCAAAAGCCCAAAGUAUCAUGUCACGUUGAUCAUAAUGUUGGGGAAGGAGACGAAGAUGACCAAGACGAUUAUGGAGAUGACGAUCAGCCUGAAAUAGAUCCGUACGAGUUAUUAAGCCCCGUGGAUAUUUUAUCAAAGCUUCCCAAAGAUUUUUAUGAAAAAAUUGAAUCUAAAAAAUGGCAAGAUCGUAAAGAAACUCUUGAAGCUGUAGAAGCGUUGGUUAAAAAUCCAAAGUUGGAAAAUGGGGAUUAUGGAGAAAUGAUUCGAGCUUUGAAAAAAGUAAUAUCAAAAGAUUCCAAUGUAAUGGUAGUAGCUUCGGCCGGUAAAUGCUUAACAGGAUUAGCCAGUGGUUUAAAAAAACGAUUUCAAAACUAUGCAUCAGCUUGUCUUCCUGCGAUCUUGGAAAAGUUUAAAGAAAAAAAACCAAAUGUUGUUUCAGUUUUAAGAGAAUGCGCAGAUGCGAUAUUUCUUAGUGUAAAUAUCGAAUUAAUUUUGGAAGACGCUUUGGCAGCUCUUGAAAAUAAAAAUCCAUCCGUAAAGGCUGAAACUGCGGCAUUCUUGGCUCGUUGCUUUGCGAGGACGCCACCGUCCAGUCUGAAUAAAAAACUAUUAAAGGCCUAUACGGGACCGCUACUAAAAACUCUUAACGAGCCCGAUCCAUCCGUAAGAGACAAUAGCGCUGAUGCGCUGGGGACAGCAAUGAAAUUGGUGGGUGAAAAAGCAAUGUCGCCUUUCCUCGUCGAUUUGGAUAAUUUAAAAAUGACCAAGAUCAAAGAGAGUGCUGAAAAAGCAACAAUUCUUGUCAAAAUUACAACGGAACGUAAAGCACUGCCGAGCGAAAAAUCGAGUGUCACAAGGAAGGCUGCUGAACCUUCAACAAAAAAUGAAGAUAGCGAUGCUAAAGCAAAGAGGCCAAAAACUGCAUCAACCAAAAAGACCGCUGUAGGAAAAAAACUUGCUGCUUCAUCCGUCACCAAUUUGACUAAUCCGAAGAAGUCUUCAUCAAAAGCUGUAGAAAAAAAUUUGAGUAAUGAAGAAGUUGAUGAAAUGGCCGCAGAACUCUUGCCGGCAGAAGUUUUGUCGGGGCUUGUCGAUGCAAAUUGGAAAACACGAUUAGUUGCUGUCGAACAGCUGAAUGAAUUUGUGCAACAAAUGGAUUCUUCGCGAGUAUCCACUCAACUUGUCUUAAGAGUUUUAGCCAAAAAGCCAGGUUUCAAAGAUACUAAUUUUCAAGUUUUAAAGUUGCGCUUGGAGAUUGUAAAAACAUUGGCGGAAAAUCAUCAAUUUUCAAAUAUUUUGACCGAGUACUGUUUAAUGGAUAUAACGGAAAAACUAGGCGAUGCGAAAAAUAGUGCAACAGCCGCAGAUACAUUAACAGCUAUUGCGGAAGCUACGAGUCUCGAAUUGGUAUCAAACGAAGUUAUGUCUUUUGCAUUUAAUCAAAAGAAUCCAAAAGUACAGCAAGAAACACUGCUUUGGUUAUCCAAAGCAUUGACUGAAUUUGGUUUUAUAGUCAAUACGAAAUCAUUAGUCGAAAAUGUCAAGAAAGCUAUAAGCGCGACAAAUCCAAGCAUUAGAACAGCUGGCAUUACGUUAGUGGGUACCAUGUUUUUAUACAUUGGAAAGCCAUUGCUUACUUUCUUCGAUAAUGAAAAGCUAGCGUUAAAACAACAAAUUGAGCAAGAAUGCGAGAAGUUUAAAGGUGAAACGCCACCCACGCCAAUUCGAAAAACUAAGGGAAAAAAGAGCCCAGUUCAAGAUGACGAGAACGUAGAUAUGGACGAUAAAGAAUUUACGACUCAAGUGGAAGUUAACGACAUGAUACCAAGAAUAGACAUCGGUAAUCAAAUAACAGAAGCUCUAUUGAAUGAAUUAUCUGACAAGAAUUGGAAGGUCCGAAAUGAAGCUCUCCAGAAAAUCAGUAAUAUAUUAAAUGAAAAUAAGUUCAUCAAAGGCUCUCUAGGCGAAUUACCACAAGGAUUAGCUCACAGAUUGAUUGAUAGCAAUAGCAAGAUUGCACAAGCUACUUUAGGUAUUUGUGAGAACUUGGCAACCGCCAUGGGAUCACCGAUAAAACAGUACAUUCGAGCACUUUUUCCUGGAUUCUUACAAUGUUUAGGCGAUUCAAAGGCCUGGAUUCGCACUGCUGCUAUAUCUUGCAUGAAUACUUGGGUAGAACAGUGUGGCUGUAAAGAGUUUUUCGAAGGUGAGAUGGUAGGAGACGCCUUGAAAUCAGGAUCACCAACUUUGCGAAAUGAACUAUGGACUUGGCUUGCCGAAAAAUUACCUGCUGCAGCCCCUAAGCAAAUUUCUAAAGAAGAACUUGUAAUAUGUUUACCAAUAUUAUUCAACAACUUAGAAGAUCGUAAUUCCGAUGUUCGAAAGAGCGCACAAGAAGCUGUACUUGGAUUUAUGAUUCAUUUGUCGUACGAAGCCAUGGUGAGGCAAACGGAAAAGUUGAAGCCUGGCUCAAAGACUGCUGUGAUUGGCGUUUUGGAUAAGAUUCGUCCAAACAUGCCCAUCAAACCGUUACCUAGUAAGAAGUUGGCAUCUGAUGAUGCUGGUGGCCACAAGGUUGUUAAAAGUGGUGGUGCCGUUAAAGCUUCAAAGACUGCUGUUAAAACAAAAGGUGCUGCUGCAACCAAACCUGCGGCUGGUGGCGCUCGUAAAAAGGAAGAUGACGUUGAUACGAGUCCCCUGCUGUCCGUAAAUAAUAUGAAGCACCAGCGAUCAAUCGAUGAACAAAAAUUGAAAAUUUUAAAGUGGAACUUUACAACACCGAGGGAAGAGUUUGUAGAUUUGUUAAAAGAAUUAAUGUCGACGGCAAGCGUUAAUAAAACGUUGAUGUCAAAUAUGUUCCACUCCGACUUUCGUUAUCAUCUCAAAGCUAUUGAAUCCUUGACGGAGGACUUGUCUGACAACAGCAAAGCUUUGGUCUGUAAUUUAGAUUUGAUAUUAAAGUGGCUCACUCUACGAUUUUUUGAUACAAAUCCAUCCGUGCUUUUGAAAGGAUUGGAUUAUUUGCAAAUGGUCUUCAACAUUUUGAUAGAAGAUCAAUACCACAUGCUUGAAAAUGAAGCUGCAUCAUUUAUUCCUUACUUGAUAAUUAAGAUUGGAGAUCCAAAAGAUGCGGUUAGAAAUGGUGUCAAAGCUUUAUUCAAACAAAUAGCCUCAGUGUAUCCUGUUAGCAAAUUAUUUUCUUAUGUUAUGGACGGCUUAAAGUCUAAAAACGCUCGACAAAGAACAGAAUGCUUGGAUCAAUUAGGAUAUCUAAUUGAAAGCUACGGUGUUGGGGUUUGUCAGCCAUCUCCCUCGGCAGCUCUCAAAGAAGUUGCCAAGCAAAUAGCUGAUCGCGAUAAUUCCGUAAGAAAUGCAGCUUUGAAUUGCAUAGUUCAAGCCUACUUCUUGGAGGGAGAAAGAGUUUACAAACUCGUUGGACAGAUCUCUGAAAAAGACCAGUCCCUACUGGAUGAAAGAAUCAAGCGAGCAGCCAAAAAUAGACCAACCAAAAGCGCGACGAUGACAAAAGCAAAAGCUUCACCUGUACAGGUACCCAUUUCCAGUAAUAAUGACAUUAAUGAAACGGAUGAAGAGCAAUACGACGACGAUGAAGCCGAAGAAGAACAAGCAAUAAAAGGAGAAAAUUAUGAAAUAAAGAAAGGAGGGAAAGGAAAAGACUCGGAUGAAUUGGAAAUCACUUUGACUUGCAAUAGUGAUAAAAUUUAUUAUGAAAAUGCAAUGUCAAAAGAAGAAUCUGAUUCUUCCGCGAAAGCUUCAUGUGAAAGUCAACGUGACAAUCAUGAAAAAAAUGUACCAUUGUAUCAGCCUCAAAUAAAAGUAUCGGGACCAUUUGGAUUAGACAUGGAAUUGAUACAAAAAAUAGAAACGAGCGCACCUGUGAAAUGUAGAGUACCAAAACUUCUCGAGACGAAUGUAGAUCUAAACGAAUCGGUGGAAACAUUGAAUCCCACUCAUCAAAGACAGAUUAUUCCAAUUUCACCUCCAAAACUACUAAUACCAAAUUUACUGGAAAAUACAUCGCCAUUGAAUUCGUCCAUUGGAAAAGAGGACAGCCUAGAACGAACUGUCCUUGGAAUGGCAAGCUUAGACCUAACGACUGCUAUUCAAUCUAUGAACGCUAUGGAGUCUUUUUUGAAAUCGUAUCAAGUAUCUAUGUUGAAAACUAAAGAGGAUAAGUUUAUUAGCUCCGUUAAUAUGCAGCUGAAACUUUUGCAAACUUAUCCGUUGCAUCAAGGAAGUACCCAAGUAUCCAAGGGUUUCAGGACGACCUUUAUGAUUAUAUUGACGUUUUAUGACACUGGUAUCUUGGGGAAAAAUGUGCCCAUGUCGAAUCUCAGAGAUCUCGUGGAUCAGAUGAUUGGAUUUUUAGCUGAAAAUAAGCUCGAACGUCUCAACGAUGCCGAAGCGUAUAUUCGAGUUAUCAAUACAAUAGUUUUGAAAAUAAUCGACAAUUCAGACCACACGACAAUCAUAUGCGUACUUGUGAAAUUACUGCACGAGCGUGCAGAUUCCAGUGGUCCAGCUAAAUAUGAAGAUCUCAUUAUGAAAUGUCUAUGGAAAAUCGUCAAGACAAUACCAAAUUGGGCUGGAGAAUUGGACUACGACACGAUUCUUUUGGAAGUACACAACUUCUUUAAAGAUUAUCCAACGUCUUGGUGGAAAAAACAAAAGAAACCGGAUACGCCGAUGCGAACGAUUAAAACAAUACUUCAUGGUAUGACAAAAGUAAAAGGCAGCACGAUUUUAAGUCACUUGACGCUAAUAAAUAACAGUAACGAAUCGGAACUACGUUCUUAUUUGAUGAGAUUAAUCACAAGCUUCAAACCAGACGAUGCGGUCAACAAUAAAGCAAUAGCAAAAUCCAGCAAUCAUCAAAGUCAAAAGCACGUUUCAAAGUACACGCAGCAGCAAUUGUCUGAAAUUUUUAAAAAAAUUGGAUCAAAGAAUCAAGCUGACGAAGGCCUAGCACAAUUGUAUGACUUUAAACUACAGUAUCCAGAGGCAGAUGUACAACCGUUUUUAGACAGAUCGCAUCAGUUCUUUCAAAACUAUAUAGAACAAGGACUAAAAAAUAUAGAUACGACAAGAAAAAAUCAGAAUCUCUCAACAGAAAUACAAGUAGUUAAUAAUCAGCAGCACAGUAUUGACGGACUUAGAUUAGGGAGCAUGAACCAAGACGGAAAAAAUAUAAUGGAUCCAUUACAUAGGCUGGAAAGACUGAGAGCUUUGGAAGCUCGAAUGAAUCCAAGUCAGUCUAAUCAUGCAUGAACCUGACGUAGGAUUGAAGAAUAUUUGUAUUUAAUUCCAUAGACAAUCUUUGGUGAUUACAUUUUUAACAAUUGCAGCAAGUUAACUUUUUCAAAGAGUGGUUACAAUAGUUGUGUAUAGUUAAUAUUAUAAAUUUUGCCGUUUGCGUGUCUGUUUGUGAUAAAUUUAAUAAUUGUAAUUUACUCGAGAAAUCUUAGUGCACGUUGUCAAUUUUUUUUGUCUUUAAAAGCGAUUGAACUAUGUAUUUUUUCAUCCAGUUGACUAGUUACGUUAUAUGCUUGUCGUUCUUUUAACUAUUGUGUAAAACUAUUGCCACAUUGUAUAUGCAAUAUAUAUAUAAAAUAGUAAUCGAUGAAUAAUACUUGAGUCGGAUAAUGCGGUUCAACGUCGUAAAUAGUUACGUUUAAUUCCUUGGUAUUUUCUUUUUUUUGUUUUUUUAAUAAUUCAAAGCAAUGAUACCCAUCGAAUUGAACCUUGCUACUUGAGUGUAUGAUAAUUACAUAUUUCUUUUAACUAUUUUUUAUUUUUAUUUUAAAUAAAAAUUAGAAUAUAAUUAGACAAA